CGCAUGUGAGCAGGGGUCCUGAGAUGAAACGGUCGCGGAGCAGCGUUGUUUGUAACACCAUGGCGGCGUCCACACGAGCACAGGUGAUUUCUCUGUACAGGAUGAUGCUGAAGGAGAGCAGCAAGUUCCCCUCGUACAACUACAGGACCUAUGCACUGCGGCGGGUGCGUGAUGCCUUCAGGGCCAACAGGAAAGUAGAGGAUCCAAAAACUGUGGAGAGACUGAUGGAGGAGGGACAGCAGACACUGGCACUGAUACAGAGACAGGUCUCCAUAGGGAAGAUGUUCGAGACCCAGAAGACUGUGGUGGAGUAACAGCAGCUGGAGGAGGAGGAGGAGGAAGAGGAGCGCCGUCCCACCAAACAACAGGAUGUGACAUCAGAGACUGUAGCGAGUCACUGCCCUGACAUCACCACCAACCUUCUUCCUCUCUGUGUAUUUUGACUUAUUUUGACUGGUGGAGGUGUGAAAUGCAUUGUGGGAGAUGUAGGAUUAAAGGAGUGAAGCUGUGAAGUGGCUGAGGUUUGUUUGGGGUUUAGCUCUGAAUGAUCAGGGCUGCACUGAUCACAUGAUUUGGGCUGAUCAGGUGAUCGUGGAUCGGUUUCCGAUCCUUCGGUUUGUUCCCAGUGUUCUGAGCUGCGACCUCGUGUGUCAGCAUUUCCAUCUGAAAACUGAUGGUCUGUGGCCGACUGAUCAGUGCAUCCCUGACUCUUUUCUUUUCUCGUGUUAUUUUUGUAUCAGAGCGCACAGUUAGUCCACAUGAGACGAUGUUGUUGUAUAAACCGGGGACGGGUAGAGGUGUGUGAAAGUGACAUGAACCAAAACCAACAUAUAAAUAAAGUGAUUUGAUUCUU